AUGCCCGAUUCUAAACCUUUUCUUCCUCCUGCGGUCGGCAACACCGAGUCUGGCGCCUCUCCGUAUACCAAGGAACUCUCCCCUCACACCAAGCUGCGCCCUGAGUCCGACGCUCCUCGCACGUUUGCUCCCGGCGCAUCCCUCGUCUUAGUCGGCAUCCGCGGAUGCGGUAAGCGUUCACUGGGGUUUGUCGCCGCUACAGCGCUAAAGCGACGCUUCAUUACUGAAGACCACUACUUCCGGGAAGUCACAGGCGUCACUCGUCAGGAAUACCUCAAGCGCCAUGGCAGUCAGGAAUUCCAGCGCCGGGAUAUCGAAGUCCUGAAGAUGAUGCUGGAUAACCACCGCUCGGGCUGUGUCAUGGAGUGUGGGUUGGCUAGUUUAACCCGACCCGUGCAGGAUCAUCUGCGUCGAUAUGCCCGAUCUAACCCGGUGGUUCAUCUGCUCCGCGAUAUUGAUUGCAUUCAGCAGUUGCUCGGCCUGGAGGACCAGGCGGUGCGCCUGUUCCGGGAGGGGGACCCGAUGCAUCAGAUGUGCUCGAAUUUCGAAUUUUAUAAUUUGGAAGAUCGAACACGAGCGUUGGAUGAUGGAUGCCAGGAUCGUCGGUCGAUUGACUAUUCCUUCAAGUUACAAGAGGUGAAGGAGGAUUUCACGCGGUUUGUACAGUUCAUCACUGGGCGUGAUGUGAGUUAUUCAAGCUAUGACUCGCCCUUUGUUCUGCUGGAGACGCCACCCGAGCUUCGCUCUUUCACCCAUGCCAUUUUUGUGCGAUCUUCAGAUCUGAUUGCCAACAAUGUCAAAGUGGCUGAACUUGAGUCUGGUGGCGACGCCAUCGAGCUUUGUGUUGAUCGCUGGAGCCCAGAGAUGGCGGCUAUCAUCAGCAAAGAGGUCUCUGUCCUGCGUCGAAAUGCGCGGGCGCCCAUUGUCCUCUCUGUCGACGUCUCUUCAACGGGAAUUGGCUCCCAAAAACCAGUAUCCUCUUCUUCCCGAACCUACUUCGAUAUUCUUGAUCAUGGUCUACGCCUGGGGGUGGAAUAUCUUGUUGUAAACCUGACCCAAGAUCGAUCUAGGCUGGCUAGGGUUAUCAAAGGUCGCGGGAAUACUAAAAUCAUUGGCCAGCAAGUGUUUGAACCAUCAUCCCCCAUUACUUGGGACAGCGCAGACUGCGUUGCUAUCUAUCACGAAGCCGAGAAGCUCGGCUGCCAGCUAAUACGUCUCCUUCGAAUUGCAACAAAACGCGAGGAAAAUGCAGCAGUGAUAGAGUUCUCUAACAAAAUCCGAUCGCUCCCGGGGGAUCAUCCACCGCUUAUUGCCUAUAACAUCGGAAGCUUGGGCCGUACAUCACAGGUUUUCAACUCAAUCCUCACCGCAGUGACACAUCCAGCGAUCACCCAGUCAGCAGAAAACAAGCAUGACCCACAAAUAACAUCGCGCGACGCAGUCCGCGCUCUCUUUGAAAGCUAUGUGCUUGACCCGCUCGAUUUCUAUAUUUGCGGAGAGAAUGUCACUUAUAGUCUAUCCCCAGCGAUGCACAAUGCCGCGUACCAGCACUGUGGCAUGGGCCAUACCUACAGUAUCCCCGACUCGCCAUCUCUCGCAGUGCUAGACCGGCUCGGUCGGGACCCGCAAUUCGGAGGAUCGAGUGUUGUUCAGCCAUGGCGUGUCGAGGUCUAUCAGAAACUGGCCUCGAAAAGCCGACAUGCAGAAGCCAUCGGAGCGAUUAACACGAUCAUGCCAUUACGCGGGCAUGCGGACGGAAAGAUGUUCCCGCUCCAAGAACAAGCUGGUCGACGUAAUCAAGCUGGGCGCGUGCUGGGUUGGUACGGUGAGAACACCGACUGGGUGGGAAUAAUGACGUGCAUCCAGCGACAUCUCUCCCCACGCAACGCAAUCAGCGCGAGAACAACCGGCUUGGUUAUUGGAGCCGGUGGCAUGGCGCGAGCCGCCAUAUACGCCAUGCUCCGACUUGGCUGUCGAAAGAUCUUCAUAUACAACCGCACGCAGUCGCGUGCCGAGGAGGUCGCGUGCCAUUUCAACUCUUGGGCUUCAUCGCAGGUAGACUCGGUCGAGGUGGUGCGAGUUUUGCAGUCACUCCAGGAAAGCUGGCCCGCAGACGCGGCCCAACCCAGUCUCGUUGCGUCUUGUGUGCCAGCUGACCCAGACAGAGAUGAACCUCCCGCAAACUUUGAGAUGCCGAUUCAAUGGCUUGGGAGUCCUACAGGUGGUGUGAUACUCGAGUUGGCCUAUAAACCCCUCGACACGCCACUUCUACAACAAAUGCGCCGAGUCCGUAGCGAAACUGGACGACCUUGGGUGCUGUCUGACGGCUUGGAGAAUGUUACUGAGCAGGGAAUUGCUCAAUUUGAGUUGAUGACAGGUCGCAAAGCGCCUCGGCGUCUCAUGACCUAUGAGGUUCUCCGCAAUUAUGUAGGUGACAGUGGACGGUUUGACGAGAAAAUGAUUCAGGCUCGUCUGGAUGGCGUUGGGUCUCCAGUGACUGGGCAUAAGGAAUAG